AUGCUGCCCCAGCACGUGCCCCGGCAGCAGGGCGUGGAAGAGGCAGGGGACCUGCCGCGGGUGCCGCACCCCGCGCCUUUGGAGAGGCACGCCGUGGAGACGAAGCUGGUGAGGAGGGGGUCGAUGAGGAGAUCGACGCUGAGCCAGCACAGCAGCCACCGCCACCACCGCCAACACUCGCAGAGAUCAUGGACAGGCAGACGCAGCUUCUUCAGCGCCUGGCCGACACACAUCUCGUGGGAGGAGUUUGCCAGGGCGUUCCGUGAGCAGCACGUGCCCCGGCAAGUGAUGAUCCAGAAGGCUCAGGAGUUCCGUACCAUGACCCAGGGUACGAUGAGGGUGGAGGAGUACGAGCGUCACUUCACCAAGAUGAUGAGGUACGCUGCAGAUGACACCAACACCGAGGAGAAGAAACAGUUCUGGUUUCUUCGAGGACUGCACCACGGCAUCCGUCAGAUCGUGACGGGAUGCGAGUACCCAUCCCUUCGCAGCUUGGUCAACCGUGCCAUUGCUGUGGAGAGGGAGAGACUAGGAUGGGAGGACCGUCAGCGCAACAAGAAGCGCCAGACUGACCACCAGGUACGAGACCGGCCCUUCCAGAAGACAAGGAACGCGCCACCUCUGCCACCAAGGAGCGGUUUCCGUCCUGGCUCCAGUCAGCCGAGCAGGAGCUUCGGUGGAGGAGGCAACCACUACUCCAGCAACAGGACCCACGGAGGACAGAACCAGGGAGGAGGCAACUACCACCGCCAGCAGCCGGCACAGAGGACCAACAGUGGCUCGACGCCGUUUGUUUGCUUCACCUGCAACAAACCGGGCCACAAGUCCUAUGAGUGCCCCGAGAAGAAGACCUCGACCCCAGCUCGCGCGCCUGGCUCCACCGGCAGGCCCGCUCAAGCUCCGCGCUCCGCAGACCGUGGCCGCCUCACCCACCUGACUGAGGAGGAAGCCCGGGAUGCCCCCGACAUCGUGACAGCUGACCUGACAGUACUGCCGUCAGAAGGGAUAGAUGUUAUUUUGGGAAUGGAUUGGUUGACAGCACAUAAGGGUGUCAUCUCUUGCUCACCCAGAUUGGUGACCCUGGAACACCCUAGUGGGAAGAAGGUCGAAGUGGAACCGUUGAAGUCCCGAGAUGUACCUCAGGUGUACAAUUUGAACAGCUUGGAGAAGCGGACACUCGAAGAUGUACCGGUAAUUUGCGAGUAUCCUGAUGUGUUUCCCGAGGAGCUGCCAGGCCUACCACCGGACAGGGAUGUCGAGUUCGUGAUUGACCUCGUGCCAGGGACGGCACCGAUCGCGAAGCGACCCUACCGCAUGUCCGCGGAAGAACUCACCGAGUUGAAGAAUCAGUCGAAGGAUCUGCUGGAUAAACAAUACAUCAGGCCCAGUGCAUCGCCAUGGGGAUCACCCGUGUUGUUCGUAAGGAAGAAGGACGGAACCAUGAGGCUAUGCAUCGACUACCGAUCGCUGAACGCCGUGACCAUUAAGAACAAGUACCCGUUGCCCAGAAUCAAUGAUCUGCUUGACCAGUUGAGAAAGGCCAAAUUCUUCAGCAAGAUCGAUCUGAGAUCCGGAUACCAUCAGAUGAAGAUUCGGGAAAGCGAUAUCCCGAAGACAGCGUUCGUGACCAGGUAUGGCCAGUACGAGUUCACCGUAGUAUCUUUCGGACUGACCAACGCACCCGCCUACUUUAUGAACAUGAUGAACAAGGUGUUCAUGGAGGAACUGGAUAAGUUCAUCGUAGUCUUCAUCGACGACAUCUUAGUCUACUCCGAGACAGCCGAAGAACACGCUGAGCACCUGAGGGUAGUACUCGAGAGGUUAAGACAGAACCAGCUGUAUGCUAAGUUCAGCAAAUGCGAGUUUUGGCUAGAGAAGGUUGCUUUCCUAGGCCACGUGUUAACUGCAGACGGGGUUGCCGUAGAUCCCGAGAAGAUCGAAGCAGUGUCCGAGUGGCAACAGCCGAAGAGCGUUACCGACAUCCGAAGCUUCCUGGGUUUGGCAGGUUACUACCGGCGAUUCAUCGAGAACUUUUCCAAGAUUGCCAAGCCCAUGACCGAGCUACUCAAGAGCAACGUGCCGUUCGUAUGGUCACCCAAGUGCGAAGCCAGCUUUCAAGAGCUCAAGUCCCGACUUACAACCACUCCAGUUCUCACUCUUCCGGACAUCCGGAAGGACUUCCCUCGCCACACCCACGCCACGGCCACGCCGUGCGCGAUCACCCCCGCGACGCGACCGGACGUCGCGUUCGCGUCGCGGCCAGGUCACUGGGGCAUUUCCCCGAGCACCCUCCGGGAGCUCGCACCGCACGCGCCCUCGGGCGCCACACACACGCACACGCACCUGCACCGCUGCACCGGAUCCGGGCCGCCACACCGGAUCCCGCGGACGCUGACGCCUGGGCCCGCCCUGUCAGUGAGAAGAAAGAAGACGGCGCCGCCGGCCCGCGAGGAGGAGGAGGUGAAGCGCCAGCCCAGCCAGAAGAGAAGAGGAGGAAGGAAAGAGAAGGCCCAGCCCACGGAGGAAGGAACGGCCUGCGUUGAAUCCGAGCCGAGCCGAGCCUAG